AUGAAGCUAGACGUGAUCAAGAGCCGUAUGGACAGCAUUUGCGCUGAAGCGCCAACUGGAUCAAUAAUGGAUGAUUUGGCGUCCGUUCAUACAAGGACCCCCAGACCAUGGUUGGCAAUACGCCGAAUGUCGCAAGAUCUCGGUACCAGCGUACUGCACACCAUACUGAGCAUGCUGUCGGAUGCCCUGAUGUGCACGAGCAACAUCUCACACGCUAAACCAAGCGAAUUUGCACUGACCGCCGGCGAACGGAAGCUUCUAGAGGGACCAUUCUAUGACUGCAUCUAUGCGAGAAAGCUCGUCAUGGUCUUCCUCCGAGAUAAUGUCCGAGCCUUUAUUGAUGGAUCCAGAUUUCGGGACGCUCAAGCUGCGCUCAUAAACAAGCCUCAGGAAUUGACUUUACUUACCGGCAAGGGUGUCGAUUGUAUCGAAAGAAAGGCAAUAUCGGCAGAGGAAAGAAGCUCAACAGGUCCUUUGGCCGCUCGCUUAGUCGGGGCAUUUACUUUUUUCUCGCUUGAUACUUUCGAGAGUUUGUCAACGAUCACCCUGUGCCAUCUGUAUAGAAUACUACAGUGGGUUCUUCGCCAGAGUCGAUGGCAGUCAAUUUCAGCAGCUGUUCCUUCUUUGAGAGAGUGCCAAGGCUCGAAAGACCAAUCUAGCAUCGAUGAAUGGAUUUCAAGACCCUUCCCCGGGUUCUGGACUUGCAAAAGCGGCUUCCUUCUUUGGCGAUCUCCAUGUUAUGGUACCAAAGCUCAGACCGAUGUCAGGGCUUUCUGCCUGUCGUCUAUCGAUGACACUGUUCUCGGCAAUCUCACCAGAGUCUAUUGGCAUGCCCUCUGCAGACCAUCUCUCCUGCCUCGACAGUGCCAAGCGAGAAUUCUGCCCAAAAUCCGUCUAGGUCGUACUGAAUGCCGGAAAUGCCACGAUGCCACUCUGAGAGUGUCCAACCUGAAAGGCAAUCAUAAAAGGCUGCUGAGGCUUCUGAUUGACCAAUCAUACGUAACAGGAAGCUCGAAUCGAAAUCUGGUCUUACGGAAUCUUGAGACUCUCAAAUCAACAAAAGUACAAUGUUGGAACUCGAGAGCUGAAAGAUUUACCAGCCUUGACGAGCCCCACGACGAAAACCGGACUAGGCAUCAUGACUCCAACGAUAUUGUGGGAGACAAGCCACACAAACUGAACCAAGGAUGCACGAGAGCUUUGGAUAGCGCCAAUCAAAUUCAGCCCAGCAUCACUUCCGGCGUCAACAGUGAUACGCCUAACCUUUUAUUCCCUCCGGUGACGGUGUUCAGCACGAUGAAGGCCACGCUCCUGAAAAGCCUCCGAGUUGUGGGUCUGAGUGAGCCAUUACUAGAGAGAGGCAAAUGUCGCGUGCGAUGCAAAUGCCGUUGCGGCCGUCGCAUGUUUGACGACUUUAUUGAGCGACAGCCUGGCGCUGCUAGAGACCUUGAGAAGCGGUUAAAUAAGAGCGCUGCAACCGGCUCUGGACCUAGCCAAGAUCAAAGAUCGGCCACAAACUCCCGAGCAAAAAGUCCACCAACCACUGUCAGUGCCCAAAGCCCGCGUUCGUGUGAUAACGAUAUAUCAUUGGAGACUCCAUCUCGAUCCUAUGAGCCAUGUUUACGGGGCAGAGCCGACGAUUCAAUAUCCAUAGAUUGCGAUCCGGAACGCCACUGGCUGCUAGUCUGUGCGAGAUCAAAGGAGCGGCCCACGAGUCUUACGCAACUAGACCUCUGUUGCACCUCAUCUGACAAGGAGCUCUUCCAGGAUCUCAAGCAGACUUAUGUGAGACUGAAAAGCAAAUGGGCCCGGGUAUUCUCAUUCAAAAAGGUCCAGAGUAUCCGUUUCGUUCAGGUAAGCCAAUAA